AUGGGUUUCGGGGAGGGAAAAUUUUCUAGUUGCCCUAAAUAUCACAUCUCCUUAGGACUGGGGACUCUAGUGGAGACGUAUGUGGAUACAAUAAACAGCGGGACAGUUCCUUGCUUGGAGAAUGCAGUGAAAACACUGGCCGAGCAUGAGAACUCUGUAGCUGUGCAGAGGGCAGUUGACCACUACAGCGAGCAGAUGGCCCAGAGCGUGAGGCUCCCUACAGACACUCUCCAGGAGCUGCUGGAUGUGCAUGCAGCCUGUGAGAAGGAAGCCAUCGCUGUCUUCAUGGAGCACUCCUUCUUGGAUGACCAGUGGGAGUUCCAGAAGAAGCUUGUGGCUACCGUAGAGAAAAGGAAGGAAGCAUUCAUACAGCAGAAUGAAGCAACAUCUCUCAGUUACUGCCAGGCCGAACUGGAGAGGCUUUCGGAGUCACUGAUGGAGGACAUCUCGUGUGGAGCUUUUUCUGUUCCUGGUGGGCACAGCCUCUACUUAGAAGUCAGGAAAAAGGUUGAGCAGGCCUACAAACAAGUGCCUAGGAAGGGAGUGAAGGCAAAUGAGGUGUUCCAGAACUUCCUGAAGUCACAGAUAACUAUAGAAGAUUCCAUCUUGCAGUCAGAUAAAGCUCUCGCUGAUGGGCAGAAAGCCAUGGCAGCUGAGCAGGCCAAGAAGGAGGCAGCUGAGAAGGAACUGGAGCUAAUGAGGCAGCAACAGACAGAGCGAGAGCAAGCAAAGGAGGCUCAAAUGAGAACUUUGUCAGAAAACAUGGCCCAGCUGCAGAAGAAGAUGGAAAGUGAAAGGGAGAACCUACUGAGAGAGCAGGAGAGGGUACUGGAUCACAAGAUCAAGGCUCUAAAAGAACUAAUUCUUGAUGGAGUUGAGGAGAAAUAUGAUGAUUUAAGAAGAGAAAUAAAGCUAAAAGAAGAAGAGAUUGAAGGCAUUAAACACAGCUCCAUUCAGAAUAUCCUUGAUAUUGCUAGCAAUAUAUUAACUGAAUCACUUCCUGUGUUAUUUAAUAUAGGGAUGCAGAUUCUCAGCUCCUAUGUCCUAGGUUAA